AUGGAGAUUGAAUUGUUUGAAGAGGCUACAACGGAGAUGCUGAAUGAGCGUUCCAUUGUUGAAAAUGAGUUUUACACUAUAAAGGCAAUGAUUAUUGACAUCAUAAAUAAGAACAAACAAUCAUCAUCUAAUAGGCAUAGUACACAAUCCAACUCUCAAACCAUUGUACGAGACACCAUGAAGCUACCAGCAAUACCUGCUCCAUCAUUUGAUGGAAAUUUACAAAACUGGGUUUCAUUUUUGGACACAUUUAACGCUAUGUUCCACAAAAAUAAUGCCUUAGCCGAAGUUCAACGUCUACACUACUUAAAGUCAUGUCUUACUGGUUCUGCUGCAGAAGUAAUUCGUACAAUACCAACCACCGAAGAAAACUAUCAAAUGGCAUAUAACACUCUAAUAGAGCGAUAUGAAAACAGAUCACUGAUAAUACAAUCUCAUAUUCGCUCACUAUUCUCUAAACCGCAAGUUAAUCAACCUUCUGCUACUGAACUUCGAAAGUUACAUCAUCAUGUAAUUUCACAAGUGCGUGCCUUAAAGGCAUUAAAACAACCAGUAGAGCAUUGGGAUGCUUGGUUGAUUACUUUAGUAUGCUCCAAAUUAGAUGCCAUAACUGUGGCAAGCAGAGUAUCGGCAUAUGAAGUUGGUGAAGUAGAUAAGCCUAUAAAAGACAGCGUUCCAUUGAGUAAUUCCAACAUGCCUAAGCAUCAAUAUAAAAAAGCUCUACUUGCUAAUCCGAAUAAUACCAGUCAAAAUUAUGUCGCCAAGUGCCGUCUUUGUUCUGGUCAACACAAGCUUUUCAAUUGUGAACAAUUCUUAAAUAUGACUGUGCCUGAGCGCAGUAAAGUAGUUUCUAAUGCUAUGUUAUGUUUCAAUUGUUUCGCACCAGGUCAUCAAGCAAAUCAAUGUCGCUAUGGCUCUUGUCAUGCAAAACAUAAUACCAGGUUGCAUGAUGACAAUAAAGUAGCUGAAGGCCCUCAUGAACAACCACUCAAUGUUUCAGUCAUGUAUGCACAAAAUUGUUCAGUUAACUGCAUGCAGUAUUCUACUACAUCAAUGCUAGCAACAGCAGUCAUAUAUAUUAGUAACAAAACUGGAACACUACAACCAUGUCGGGUAAUACUAGACUCAGGUGCUCAGCUUAAUUUCAUCACUGUGUCUUGCGCAAAAAGGUUACAGUUAGAUAGCGCUAAUGAAACAGUAUCCAUAUCUGGAAUUGGUUCAACCUCAAUGGCUUCCAAACGUCUUAUGCCUACCAUAAUAUCUUCAAGAAGUAGCAGUUACUCAUCUUCAGCAACCUUCCAUUCAUUACCAACAAUAUCUUCCAAUUUGCCAUCACAACAUAUUAACACUAACAAGGUGUCCAUACCUGAGCACAUACAAAAUGACUUAGCUGAUCCUGAGUUUCAUGUUACAUCUCCAAUAGAUUAUCUCCUUGGAUCAGGUGUAUUCUACGACAUAUUUGAUGGUGAACGAGCAACAAUUAGUGAGCACUUGAUAGCACACUAG